AAAAAGUCCCUGAGAAUGAGUUUAUUCCUGGUUUGUGAACCUCUCGCAGGUUUCUGUGUAGCUGAACCUUAUAACGUGCGGGCGUGGAAGCCGUUCUUCAUAGACCUGCGGCUGCCUCACUCAGUGUCCAGAAAUGAACAUGUGGAAAUCAAAGCUGUGGUCCACAACUACAGGAACUCAACACUGGAGGUAACGGUGAUCCUGGGUAAGACAGAGGACAUGUGUAGUGUGGCAUUUAGUGGACCUCACAGACAGCAGGUUUCAGUACAGGCCAGCUCCUCCAAGCUCAUUACAUACACCAUCAUCCCCCUUAAAACAGGAGAGCUCCCCCUACAGGUCACAGCCAUUGCAGCCUCCUUCAUGGGGCAAGAUGCAGUGAGGAAGAAUCUACGUGUAGUAGUAGAAGGCAUCCAGACAAUUAAAGUGAGGAGCUUUGUGCUGAACCCCACUGAGAAAGGAGACAGUGCUGCGAGACAGAUGGUAAAAGUGGAGAAGAUGCAGUUGGACGCCGUUGUACCAAAAUCUCUGCCGGAGACAUUUGUCAAUGUCAGAGGUGAUUUGCUGGCAGACAGCAUUGAUAACUCCAUUAAGGAGGACUCAUUGGCGUCAUUGAUCCGCAUGCCCGGCGGGUGCGUGGAGCAGAACCUGGCUAGGAUCACACUGCCACUAAUUGCAGCCCAUUACUUGGACCGCAGUGCAAACUGGGAUGUUGUGGGAAUAGAUCGCAGAGAAGAGGCCAUCAAAUACAUACAAAAAGGUUAUGAAAAUCAACUUAAUUAUCGGAAAACCGAUGACUCGUACCCUCCCUACGCCAGAGAAGGCACCAGCACAUGGAUCACUGCGUAUGUGGUGAAGGUGUUCUCCAUGGCACACUCGUUUAUCAGUGUCAGUGAGAAGCGUCUGUGUGGCCCUCUGCUGUACCUACUCAAGAAUAAACAGCGUCCAGAUGGAUCUUUUCAGGAGGACAAUCCUGUCUACGACACUAGUAUGACGGGAGGCCUGCAAGGCUCUGAAUCCAGAGUGUCUCUGACCGCAUUUGUGCUCAUUGCUUUGGCAGAGGCACAAAAUGCUGUUACCUGCCAAGAGCCAGACCUCGACAUACAGGACAAGACCAGAAAAGCAGCGAUGUAUCUGAGAGAGCAUUUCUCCCGGCUGACGAGGCCGUACACAGCAGCUAUAGCAUGCUACGCCUUAGCAGUUUCCAACCAUGGCUGCAUGAAGAGCAUGUUGUUAAAUUUAGCCUCACCUGACCGUACCCACUGGCCUGACUCUUCUAAUCAUUUCUUCACACUGGAAGCUACAGGCUAUGCAUUGUUAGCGCUUGUCAAAAGUGGCCACAUGGAAGAAGCAGUCGCCCCCUUUCGAUGGCUGAGCGAGAAGCGUGGCAUUGGGGGAGGGUACGGCUCUACUCAGUCUACUAUGGUCGUGCUACAGGCCCUGUCUGAGUACCUAGUGAAGAGCCCUCCUCCUUCUGACCUCAAUUUGUUGGUGCAGCUCAGUGUUCCUGGUCGCAGUGACGUACGCUGGACCUUCGAUCCCAAAGUUGCUUAUGUGGCCCGAUCUUCACGGGUACCUCUGGACCAGGAAUUCACAGUAGUGGCUUCUGGGAAGGGCAAGGGAAUUUUGGAGGUAGUGACUGUGUACCACCAGCUUCCUGCUGUGUAUGAGAACAGCACGUGUAACGGCUUUCAGCUGGACGUCUCCAUCGCUGAGACUAAUGAAAAAACCCCACCGGAUGUAGAAAAGUCCUACAGACUCAAUAUCCACGUGAGGGCUCUGGAGAGACACCAAGUGAGGAUGGUGAUUCUGGACAUCAGUCUGCCCACUGGCUUUGAGCCUGAAAACUCAGAUUUAGAGUUGCUUACAAAUUCAGUGGACCGCUACAUUAACAACUUCCAAGUGGUGGACAACCUGAGUGACAGAGGAUCCCUGAUAAUUCACUUGUUUAAGGUGUCCAGUACUGAGACAGACAUGAUCUCAUUCAGACUGCAUCAGAAAUUUAAAGUGGGGCUCCUUCAGCCUUCCAUUGUCACAGUUUACCAGUACUACAACAAAGAUAAGCGCUGUAGCAGAUUCUACUCUCCUCCUGAAGACCAACAGCAGCUCGAUCAGAUCUGCAAAGACGACGUGUGCCGCUGCUCUCAGGGUGACUGUUGUGUAAUGAAAGAAGACUCCUCAUCUUUUGGGAAAGAACAGAGGAAGGCUGCUGUGUGCAAUGGAUUACAUCAUGCCUACAGGGUCAAACUGAUCAGCGCCAGCCAGAGUCACUAUGAUCAGUAUGAUAUGGAGAUUGUGCAGGUUAUCAAAGAGGGGACAGAAGAAGGUCUGAGCGAGAAGGAAAGAAGAAUGUUCCUCUCUCAUGCAAGUUGUAGGACAGGGCUUGGUUUGAGAGAGGGUCAGGACUAUCUGAUCAUUGGUCCGAUCGCUGAUGUUUGGCAAGCAGGGAGCACGUCCAACAGGUAUGUGUAUACGCUGGGUAAAGACACGUGGGUCGAGCGCUGGCCGGCCGAGUCUGAAUGCGGCGCUGGAUCUGCUCUGCAGGUGAAAUGUGACGAGCUGAAGAGCUUCGCAGCGGCACUGACAGAAAGUGGCUGUCAGUCUUGAGUCAAAUGCUAUUCUUUGUCAUGGUUAUUGGUUUCAGUCAACAGAAAUAAAUUUGGCGUAAAAACA